AGGCCAUCCAAUGGACAUUGCUGCCACAUGCAAUGACUAGUAAGUUGCUGGAAGCUACGAACUGGAACAAACAAGAAAGACCAUGACUGGACCAAUUAGAGCAAAAAGCGGGUUAGACAUUUCGGAAGUGAUGAACUGACACAAGGCUCACAUGGCCAUUUUCAGGCCUCUCCAGUCCGUCAUUGCCUCCAACCCCAGGCCAAGAUUUCGGUAGGACCCUGAAUUUUCAUGGACGGGAAGGUCUGUUCUGGUCAUCCGAUCUUGCUUUUGUUUGUCUUCAUGCGGGUUGUGUUGGACCUUGUGCAAGUCGAGCUUGGGAUAUAUAAAGAAAAGAUAUCCUGCCCCUUAAGACAAUUUUCUGAUCAUCAUUCCCACGAUACAAUCCAUCACUCAAUAAACCACAACUACUCUCCAACAACAACUUCGAACCGAUCCAUCACCACAUCAACCUAAACAUACCACAACCACCCAACAUGUCUACCGAGAACAACUCCACCCUCAAGUCCUACAUCGACUCCGCCACCGGCGCUGUCCAGAGCGCCGUUGGUAAUAUCGUUGGCAACCGCGGCGAUCAGGCCGAAGGUGAGCUCAAGCAGGAGAAGGCUCACGCCGAGCACGCCGCCUCGCACGAUACCGCUAAGGUCCCCGGCUUCACGGCCACCUCUGACGGUGCCGUCGCCGCCGAUCACCCCGACCGCACGUCCGGUUCUUGGAAACAGACCGCCGGCGCGGCCAAGGAGUUUAUCGGUGGAGCUGUCGGCUCUGAGGACCUCAAGCAAGCCGGCCGCCAACAAAACCGCGAAGGCCAAGAGCAGGAAGCCCGCGGCCAGGUCAAGGACCUCGGCGAGGGCGCCAAGGAUCGUUUUACCGGCCAGCUCGGAAAUGCUGCUGCCGCGCUCGUCGGCGACCGCGAGAAGCAGGCCGAAUAUCAGUCUCAGCAUGAUGUUGGCAAGGCCCAGCAGCGUGGUGCGGAACAUGAUAUCCAGAAGGAGGCUGAGGCGCAGAAGAACGCUGAUCUCUAAAUGAUCGAGGAAAGACUCCGUCUUGAAAGGAAGGAAGACGAGGUUGAGGAUGGAUUAAAGAUUAUACCCCCCAUUUCACCUAUUGACGAAUUCAUGACCACGCAACGACUUUAGUUUCGGAUAAUAAACUGUUAUUCUGAACAAUAUUUUUGAGCAUGAU